UAAUGGGAUAAUGGGAUGGAUGGGAUGGAGGGUGAAGCGCUGGUGGCAGCACGGGGCCAUGGUGGCACCUGCCUCGGGGAAUACAGGGUGUUGGUGUCCCCGGAGCAGCAGUGCUGCCAGCGAGUGGGGCUCAGGGCUGAGCUGUGCCUGCUGUGUUUUCUCCCACCCCACAGAGGCAGGAGACCUGUACGUGUGGGGCUGGAACGAGUCGGGGCAGCUGGCUCUGCCCUCCAGAGCGCUGGCGGCGGAGCGGGCGCAGGCUGAGGAGACGGGCACAGGGAGCCCCGAGCUGACGCCCUGCAGGGAGCAGCUGCCUGCCCGGGAUGCUGCGUUCAUCUCCAUCCAGGCGUUCCCAGCCCUGCUGGACCUGCCGCAGGACCCGGAGCUCAGCGCGGUCAGCUGUGGGUCCCGACACACGGCCGCGGUCACGCGAGGUGGGGAGCUCUACACCUGGGGCUGGGGUAAAUAUGGACAGCUGGGACACGGGAACAACAUCAGCUCUGACCAGGCACGCCGCGUGGAGCAGCUGGUGGCCGAGGGGCUGCGGGUGGAGGAGGUGGUGUGUGGGCCCUGGACCACCUAUGACCAGCUCCAGGACCACUCUGUCCUCAGGGCCGGGGCAGGCAGCCCCCCCACAGCACAGGAUGGGGCUGAGUUUAGCCACAGUGACCUGAUUCAUACCUGGAGUGGGGCUGCAGCUGCGUCAGGACCAGGGACACCUGGGAGAGGCUGGAUGUGUUUAUUAAAUUCACCUUCCCAUGAUGGCUGCAGUGUUGGUGUGUGCAAAAGCCUGUCUGGUUCCAGUGAAGCUAUCCUGGGGUGAGGGGCUGCACGGGGC